AUGGCAACAUUAUACAUUCGUACAAGCAUUUCCUGUACUUUCAAAAAGUCAACAAAUAGAAUAAGUCCUUUGUUUUCGUAUAAACCAUAUCAUUCCUCUUCAAAUUUUAAAAGAUAUAAUAAUGUUUUCUCAAAACCAAAAUCAACCUUACUAGAUAAUAAAGUUUGGAAUUAUAGUCUUGAAGUUUCUGAAGCUUUACAAGAAGCUAGACCAGUUGUGGCUUUAGAGUCUAGUAUAAUAUGUCAUGGUAUGCCAUAUCCUCAGAAUUUGGAAACGGCUAUAGCGGUUGAAAAUAUUGUUAGGGAAAAUGGCAGUGUGCCUGCGACUAUAGCUAUUUUAAAUGGAAAAAUCAAUGUAGGUUUAUCAUCAAGUGGAUUAGAGACACUUGCGCGAAUAGGUCAACAAGCAAGAAAAUGUUCUCGUCGAGAUCUUGCAUAUGUCGUUUCACAAGGAUUGACAGGAGGUACAACAGUUUCUGGAACUAUAGUUAUAGCUCAUCAAGCAGGAAUUAAAGUAUUUGUUACUGGUGGUAUUGGAGGAGUUCAUCGUGGAGCAGAAGAAUCAAUGGAUAUUAGUGCUGAUUUGGUCGAAUUGGGAAAAUCUCCCGUAGCUGUUGUGUGUGCGGGAGUCAAAUCAAUUUUGGAUAUUGGGAAAACUUUAGAAUAUCUGGAAACCCAAGGUGUCACGGUGACAACAUUCGGAGAAACAACAGAUUUCCCAGCCUUUUUUACCCGAAAUAGUGGAUUUAAGAGUCCUUCAAAUUUGAAAACCAUUGAAGAAUGUGCUGCUCUGAUCAAUGCAAAUACGCAACUUCGAUUAGAUAGUGGAUUGCUUAUAGCAGUUCCAAUACCUGAAAAUGAAGCUUUUGAUGCUGAUAAAAUACAGAAAGCAAUAGAUAUUGCUUUAUUCGAAGCAAAAGACAUCCGAGGGAAGGAUGUGACACCGUUUUUGCUUAAGAGGGUUAAUGAGAUUACACAAGGAGGCUCCUUGAAAUCAAAUAUUGCAUUAAUUAAGCAUAAUGCAAAAAUCGGAAGUCGAAUUGCUAAAUGUUUGGCAAGCUUUGGUUCUAAUCCGAACUCAAAUAGUAUACCAAAAAAAAAUGUAUCAAUGCCUUCCUUUUCAAAAUAUCAAAGGGAUCAAGAUUUGUCAAACUUAAAUAAAGGGGUAGCGGCGGUUGAUAUUACAUCAACAUUGGAUCCUCUUGAUUCUUCAUACUUAAAUACAUCAUCACCUGGUGUAAUAAGACAAACUAUUGGAGGAGUAGGAAGAAACAUAGCGGAAACAUCAUUUAGACUUGGAGCGAAUCCAUUGUUUAUAUCAACAAUUGGAAAUGAUACAAAUGGAAAUUUGUUGAAGAUUAGAUUUAAACGAAUUGGAAUGAAAACCGAUGGAUUACAAAUAAUCAAAAAUGAAUCAACUGCUGUAUAUAAUGCAAUUCAUGAUCCUGACGGGAAUUUAAUUUGUGCUGUCGCUGAUAUGAGAAUAUUUGAUAAAUUAUCAUCUGAUAAGGUUUGUCAGAUAAUUGGAAUGUUGCAACCAAAGCUAGUUUGCUUUGAUGGAAACAUUUCUGUAGAAUGUAUUUAUAGUAUUUUAAGUACCUGUCAUACAUAUAACAUACCAACAUUCUUUGAAACAACAUCAAUUCCAAAAUCUUUAAAAUUAUUUAAAGAUCAUGAACAAUUUAUUUCAUUACUAUCUUCACAAUCAUUAAAAUAUAUGUCACCAAAUGUUUUUGAAUUAAAAGCAAUGCAUUUUAAAGCACAUCAAGAAGGUUUAUUUGAAAGGGUUGAAUUUAAGGAAAUUGAUGAAUAUGGACUUGAUCCAAAAUUUGAAAAAGUAAAAUUAGGCGCAAAUGGUAUUUUGUAUGCUCAUUCUUUAAAAGAUUUAAGUAUCGAUAACUAUAAUAUAAAAGGAACUGAUGAAAGUAUUAUAAAUUAUGAAAAGAAUGAAAUAAUUAUAAAACGGAAAAAUGAAAACAGCGGAUUACGGUUUAGACAUUUUAUGCCUAAAAAAAUUGAUAAAAGUGAAAUAGUGAAUGUUACGGGAGCUGGUGAUAGUGUUGUUGGAACUUUAAUAUCUGGAUUAAUAAUGCAUGGUGAAUCAAAGAUUGAUGAGAUUAUUGAUGUUGCACAGCAAGUUGCCUUUAUGACUUUGAAAACGCAUAAUUCUGUUUGUGAAGAUAUUAACAAAAGUUUAUUAGAACUUUAA